AUGGAGGAGAAAAAACCUGUCAAACCUGGAGAAAAGACUCUCUCACAGACUGAAAGUAUUACUUUACUGAAAAGAAGAGUCAAGAAAAAUUUCACCUGCACUCAGUGUGGAAAGAGCUUCACAUACAAACAGAGUCUCAAAAGACACAUGAACAUCCACACUGGAGAGAAACCAUACACAUGUGAUCAGUGCGGGAAGAGUUUCACUCAAUCGUCAAACCUUAAGAUGCACAUGAACAUCCACACUGAAGAGAAACUGCAUGAAUGUGAUCAGUGCGGAAAAACAUUUGCAUGGGAUUCAAGCUGGAUUAAUCACCUGAAAGUUCAUUCGAAGGAGAAACCACAUUCAUGUUCUUUGUGUGGAAAGAGUUUUUCUCAACUGCAGAGUUUAAAACUACAUCAGAAGAUACACGCUGGUGUAAAAGAUUAUAUGUGUUUUGAGUGUGAGAAGACUUUUAUUACAGAUAAAGAUUUGAAACGGCACGAGAGGAUCCACACUGGAGAGAAACCUUACAAGUGUUCACACUGUGAGAAGAGAUUCAGUCAGAGAGCACAUCUGAAAUCACACGAGAGGAUUCACACUGGAAGGAAACUGUAUCACUGCACUACAUGUGGGCAGAGUUUCAGUCAUACGUCUUCUUUACAGAGACAUACAAUAAAGAAUCACAUUAAGUAGCUUAUCUCCAGGUCAGGUCCAGCGUUUUCAAGUGCUACACAGCAUCUCUUCCGUAUUAAUCUGUUAUAAGAAACAUAAUCUAAUAAAGAUCAUCUUAAAGACCACCAGUUUCUGUGAGAUUUAGAUCAACUCAAAGUUCCUUCCCUAAGGACAAUAUCUAAAGCUGUAUUCUUGUAUAAAACUGUUACAUUAUGUAAAUUAUAUUAUUAUUAUUAUUAUAUUAUUAUGCUUUAUUUUUUAGGGUGUGUUUUACAAAAUACAGGUGUAAGAUAUUCUGUCAUGUAUGUUUUACAUCUGAUCCAUCUUCACUUUUGUUCACUUGAGAUGCUUUGCAAUCUUGUUAGUCAAUGAAUAGAGGGAUCUGUCUUUUACUUUGUUUGCUUCAAAUAUCAAACUUUUAUUGGCCACUUUUGUUGUCUGCUGAUUUUUCUUGCAUCACGAAUGAAUAAUUUGAUAAUUCUAGUUACAUCUAAAAGCCAUUAAAUAUUGCCUUGGGGCUUAACUACAUUUCUCGAUAAAGCUUUUUAAUCUACCUAAUAAACUAUAUGUCCCCUCA